UCCAGGCGCUGGAGGGCCCCUGUCCCCUGCCGCUUCCCGCCAGUCUCUGAUUGUGUGCCCGGAGGGAUGUGCGUGCCAGCCGUUGGUCCAGUGCCUGCUCCCGAGGUGACGCCUGCUGGUUCCCGACUGGUUCCCAUUAUCCCUCUGCGCAUAGCUCCCUGGUUGGAUAGCUGCUGCCCGGGAAACGCAACCCGGGCACCCCGCUAGGGCAACGGCCCCUGCCCUGAGGGCCGGGAUCAUGAAAGGCCUCGGUGACAGCCGCCCUCGCCACCUCUCCGACAGCCUGGACCCACCGCACGAGCCCCUGUUCGCAGGGCCCGACCGCAACCCCUACCUGCUGUCGCCCACAGAGGCCUUUGCCCGUGAGGCUCGCUUCCCUGGCCAGAACACUCUGCCUGGGGAUGGUCUCUUCCCUCUCAACAACCAACUGCCACCUCCAAGCAGCACCUUCCCCCGUAUCCACUAUAACUCCCACUUCGAGGUGCCAGAGGAGAGCCCCUUCCCCAGCCAUGCCCAGGCCACCAAGAUCAACCGGCUGCCUGCCAACCUCCUGGACCAGUUUGAGAAGCAACUGCCCAUCCACCGCGAUGGCUUUAGCACGCUCCAGUUUCCCCGUGGUGAGGCCAAGGCCCGUGGUGAGAGUCCUGGCCGCAUCCGCCACCUGGUCCACUCGGUCCAGCGGCUCUUCUUCACCAAGGCGCCCUCACUGGAGGGCACAGCAGGCAAGGUCGGUGGCAAUGGCAGCAAGAAAGGUGGCCUGGAGGACGGCAAGGGCCGGAGGGCCAAGAGCAAGGAACGGGCCAAGGCUGGGGAACCCAAAAGGCGUAGCCGCUCCAACAUCUCGGGCUGGUGGAGCUCCGAUGACAACUUGGACGGCGAGGGUGGCGCCUUCCGCAGCAGUGGCCCGGCCUCAGGGCUGAUGACGCUUGGCCGACAGGCAGAACGCAGCCAGCCACGUUACUUCAUGCACGCCUACAACACCAUCAGCGGGCACAUGCUCAAAGCAGCCAAAAACAACACGGCUGAGCUGACUGCCCCAACACCCCCUCCCGCACCCCCAGCUGCCUGCCCCAGCCUUGGGGUGGGCACUGACACCAACUAUGUCAAGCGGGGCUCCUGGUCCACUCUAACCCUCAGCCACGCCCACGAAGUCUGCCAGAAGACCUCAGCCACCUUGGAUAAGAGCCUGCUAAAGUCCAAAUCCUGCCACCAGGGUCUAGCAUACCAUUACCUGCAGGUGCCCGGUGGCGGCGGCGAGUGGAGCACCGCGCUGCUGUCCCCGCGCGAGGCGGACGCCGCCGCCGAGGGCCCCAUCCCGUGCAGGCGCAUGCGCAGCGGCAGCUACAUCAAGGCCAUGGGCGACGAGGACAGCGACGAGUCCGGCGGCAGCCCCAAGCCCUCACCCAAGACGGCAGCACGGCGCCAGAGCUACCUGAGGGCCACGCAGCAGUCGCUGGGAGAGCAGAGCAACCCCCGCCGGAGUCUGGACCGCCUGGAUUCAGUGGACAUGCUGCUGCCCUCCAAGUGUCCCAGCUGGGAGGAGGACUACAACCCCGUCAGCGACAGCCUCAACGACUCCAGCUGCAUCAGCCAGAUUUUUGGACAGGCCUCCCUGAUCCCUCAGUUGUUUGGCCAUGAGCAGCAGGUACGGGAGGCAGAUCUGAGCGACCAGUAUGAGGCAGCCUGCGAGUCUGCCUGCAGCGAAGCCGAGUCUACAGCCGCGGAGGCACUGGACUUGCCGCUGCCCAGCUAUUUUCGCUCCCGCAGCCACAGCUACCUGCGGGCCAUCCAGGCGGGCUGCUCGCAGGAGGAGGACAGUGUCUCCCUGCAGUCCCUCUCCCCCCCGCCCAGCACUGGCAGCCUCAGCAACAGUCGCACGCUUCCGAGUUCAUCAUGCCUAGUGGCGUAUAAGAAGACCCCACCACCGGUCCCUCCACGUACCACGUCAAAGCCCUUCAUCUCUGUCACGGUCCAGAGCAGUACUGAGUCUGCCCAGGACACCUACCUGGACAGCCAGGACCACAAGAGUGAGGUGACAAGCCAGUCGGGCCUGAGCAACUCGUCGGACAGCCUGGACAGCAGUACCCGACCGCCUAGUGUGACACGGGGCGGAGUCACCCCAGCCUCGGAGGCCCCUGAGCCACCCCCAAAACAUGCAGCUCUGAAGAGUGAACAAGGGACGCUGACCAGCUCCGAAUCCCACCCUGAGGCCAUCCCCAAAAGGAAACUGUCAUCUAUAGGAAUACAAGAGAGGACUAGAAGGAACGGUUCCCACCUCUCGGAGGACAACGGACCCAAAGCAAUCGAUGUGAUGGCACCCUCCUCAGAGUAGGGAAAGCCAGUCAUCUCCACCCCAUCCCACCUCCCGCCCACCUGCCCGCCCGCCUCCGCGCGAAUGAGCAGUGCCCGUUCCCCGGACUGUACCCCACACCCCAACUCCAUCAGCAUCGAUGCCGGGCCUCGGCAGGCCCCCAAGAUUGCCCAGAUCAAGCGCAACCUCUCCUAUGGAGACAACAGCGACCCUGCCCUAGAGGCGUCCUCGCUGCCCCCACCCGACCCCUGGCUUGAGACCUCCUCCAGCUCCCCAGCAGAGCCAGCGCAGCCGGGAGCCUGCCGCCGGGACGGCUACUGGUUCUUGAAGCUACUUCAGGCAGAAACAGAGCGGCUGGAGGGCUGGUGCUGCCAGAUGGACAAGGAGACCAAAGAGAACAACCUCUCUGAAGAAGUCUUAGGAAAAGUCCUCAGUGCUGUGGGCAGUGCCCAGCUACUGAUGUCCCAGAAAUUCCAGCAGUUCCGGGGCCUCUGUGAGCAAAACCUGAACCCUGAAGCAAACCCACGUCCGACAGCCCAGGACCUGGCAGGGUUCUGGGACCUGCUACAGCUGUCCAUCGAGGACAUCAGCAUGAAGUUUGAUGAACUCUACCACCUCAAGGCCAACAGCUGGCAGCUGGUGGAAACCCCCGAGAAGAGGAAGGAAGAGAAGAAACCACCCCCUCCGGUCCCAAAGAAGCCAGCUAAAUCCAAGCCGGCAGUGAGCCGCGACAAGGCCUCCGACGCCGGGGACAAGCAGCGUCAGGAGGCCCGCAAGAGACUCCUGGCGGCCAAGCGAGCGGCUUCUGUGCGGCAGAAUUCAGCCACGGAGAGUGCGGACAGCAUCGAGAUUUAUGUCCCUGAGGCCCAGACCCGACUCUGAGACCAGGAAGUGGGAAGCAAACAAUUUUAAGUCAUUAAAAAAAACAAACACACAAACUAAAUGUGAACGGAACACCAUUUUCUCAACCUUUAAGAUGGUUAUUCUGUCCAGAGACCCUGAGCCAACUUUCAAUUGACGCAUACAAGGGCUCACAAUUUGGCUUUUUUGGGUCCCUCCCAGCUUUAGGUUAAUGAAGACUUCAUACAAAAAAAAGUCAACAAACACAAAACUCAACUUUUUUUUCCCCUCUGGUUGGCCACCGUGGGCUAGGUAGACGGACCUCGGCACCUCCUGGCCCAGCCUCCAGACUGCGGUCUUUUUACUUGUUCUAUCUCACGAGAACUUGCACUAGCUUGUUUACAAGACGAGGACAGUCCGAGGACAGCCUUGGGUCCCUGCCAUGUCCUUCCUCCUCUUCCCGCUACCCCGCUCUGACCUUGCAGUUUUCAUUCUUCUGUUCAUCUCCUCUCCCUUUAGAGCUCACCCUGGGGCCACCAUCGUGGCGGCCGGCUUGCCAACUCUGGGCCCUGCGUGCAGCUGCCAGCCUGAAGAGCCAGACCCGCGCCCCUGCCCCAGCGCUCCCACUUGCUCAUGCGCACACGCAGGCGCUGGCCCUGCAGCAGCAGCCCCAGGCACGGGGGAGGGGGGGUCUCCGAGAAGGGGAGGAGGGUUCAGGGCUUUGGGGGGGGACAAUGAGAUAAAAACCACCGUUACCAUACUCCAGACUCCCGCCUCUUUCUUCUCUCCAGCCCCCUCUUCCUUCAGUAAAAUGUCUGACUCAGAGUGACUUGCAGGGGACACUCAAGAGAGGGACCCCAUUUUCCAGGGGUCUCCUGUCCCUGGCCGAGCCUGUGUACAGCACCUGAGGGGCAGGCGGCUGUGUCUGUAUGUAUGUGUACAUAUGCACAUAGACCUUAGAGUGUAUAUUUAACAAACGCCCAUCUGCUCACCCAUGCCCCCCAGCGCCGCCGCUGGCUCUCGGGGCACCUGGCAGGAGGCGGGUGUGUGAAUAGCAUAUAUUUUUACAUGUACUAUAUCUAGGUGUGUGUACAAGUGUGUGUAAAAAUAUAUACCUUGUGUGUAAGCGGCCUUUUUUUUGGUCUCCCACCUGCCCCCUGCCGUGGGCCCAUCUGCCCUGCCUCUGAAUUUUCUAUUUUUUUUUUUUUUUACCCCAAUCAUCCUUCUCUCUCC